AUGAAAGCCAAGAUAUGCAAGGUUGAUUCACUGUUUUCAUGCUGUUGUCUUGGAUUGCUACGUGGCGUCUGUAGCAUCGGACCGUGGCUCCCCACCAUCUCGCAAGACUCUGUCAUGGACAUGAUGGAAGUGCCGCCGACUCAAGCGCAUCGCGACCCGGCUAAAGCCAUCCCAGAGCGCUGGAUUAUGCGUGCAGAGUCUGUGCCCCAAACUUUGGUUGCGGUUCUAUGGCCUCUUGCGCAUAUGAGACACAUUGACUGCGCGGCGUGCGUCACAAUGCGCGUCACUGCAUUGCGUGAGCUGGAUGCUGUAAGUGAUAAGCCCAUUCGUUUAUUGGCCAUGGCACUGAUGUUGUAUGCGGACAUCAUAUCGCAACAACGCCUGGAUGGCAUGGCAGAGCCACUCGACCUGGUUGUUGGCCCACAAGUGGGAACGUGCAACUUGCGCGCCGAUCCUACCGAGCUGCUGAUGCAUCAUCAUGCACUGGCAAGGGGGAGAGGAGGUCCCACCCUCGAGGGCACUCUGCGCAACAUUUUCCACUGUUACGCAGGGCUCUGCCUGCAUGUUGUACUUGCCGCGUGGGUUGGUAGUGAUGCUGUUGCUGCUGGGGCAUGCAUACUCGCCGUCGGUCACGCCGGAGGGACGUGA